AAUAGACCUCGAUCCUCCCAUGCAUACAGUCCUUCAAAAAGUUUGACGUAAAAAUCGGUUCCUUUGCAGAGUAUCAACCCCAGAAUUACACCCAUGCAAUCCAUGCACUGCUCCAUCGAUCACAGAAGAAAAACAAAUACAGAGCAACAGUACUCUGAAACACCAAAGUUUUCGUUCCCUUGCAUGUGUCUCCAGGACAGAAAAUAUAUAUAUACCACGAUUUGCUCCCUUUCUUCGGAAAAAUCUGCGUCAAAUAUUCAUGCAAAAUGGGUUGUGGGGAAUCAAAACUCGAUGUUGUCUCGGGAAACACCAUUUUCCGGCGAAAGAAAUCCAAUUCCAACCCCAAUAAGAGCAAGGACAUAGAAACCAUCCACGAGACAACCAGUACCACCAAAGAUAACACCGCGGACUCAUCGGCAAAAGAACAACAACAACCGGCGCUCCAGAACGAAGAAAACAAGGACUUUGAUGGUGCAGUUCCGACGGAUGCCAAGGACAGCAUUCAUGAAAAUACGGCAGCGAAGGAAGGAGAUGACGAUGAGAAACGAAUUAUAGACCAAGGGAAGCUGGAAGUUGUCGAUGUUGAAGAGAAGGAAGCAGCUGGGAGGCUGAUAUCCCAUGACUCGCCAAACCAUUACUUCUCGCCGAGGAAAAACGAUAUUGAUCAGGGAAUCGAUGGGAUUAAUGUAUCUGAGGAACGACGGUCUAUAGAGUCGGAUUAUUACUCUCCGAGCCAUGCAGCCGGGAAGGAAGACCAUUUUUUGAGUGAGAAUCAUGUGAAAGCAGAUGGCGCCGUGGAGGGCAAAGAAUUGGCUGGAGAUAACGAAUUGACGAAAGAAGUAAAGAAAGAUGGAGAGCCCGUAAACGUGGAGGAAGAGAAAGUGAUUAAGGAUGUCGAACCUAAGACAAUAGUUGAAACAAAAGUUUCAAACCCUAAUUCAGAUCAGGAGAAGAACUAUGCUACUGCUGAUCAUCAGGAUCAGGAAAAUAAGGUUGAUACUCCUACCAAGGAUGAGAUCAGCAAAAUGUGAUCAAGGAAGCAUCAGUAUGAUGUGAAGAUUUUCAUGCGCUUUGUUUGUUUGUUGGUCUGUCUGUCAAGCUUCUUGUUUCAGGGCUCUUAUGUACUUAAAUUUUAAUCUAGGCCGCUGCCGAAAAUUCUUCUUAUGGAAGACUUGUGAUUUAAAUUACCUGUGUUAAAUUGUACAUGUUGUACGAACGCCCCCUUAUAUACAUCAAAAGUUUGAUGUGCAA